AUGCGGUUCAUCAAAAUCGUUGGAAAUGUUAAUGCAACAAAACAUGAAUGGAGAAUUGGAGAUACUCCUUUACAUGUCGCAGCAAGGUCAAGGUCAAAGGAAAUAGUUUCACUGUUUAUUGACCACGCCCGCCGAGAUUCUCAAGCGAUCGGAAAUCAAGAUGAAGAUGUCGAAAGAGGGAUAACAUCGAAAGAGUUGCAACUUGUGAUAAUUGCAAACAACAAGAAUAAUACAGCGCUUCAUGAGGCGCUGCAAUAUCAAACCUUAUCAGGGAUACCACAGUUGUUAAGAAGUGCGGACCCGAGUUUUGAAUAUUUUGCCAACGAUUUCGGUGAGACCCCACUUUACCUGGUUGUGGAGCAUGGAAGUCCUGCUCUGUUGGAACAGAUACUCGAAUUCUGUCCAUCUCAACGUUAUGGUGCCCCGGGUGGGCGUAUGGGUUUACAUGCACUAGCGCUUCUAGCUCGUUCCUCCUUCAGAGGGAAAUUUUCAAAAUCAGUCUAUCUAUUGAGACAUGCUGCGAAAGAAGUCGAUAAAUAUGGCCGUACUGCACUUCAUUAUGCAGUGUAUUCCGGUAACAUCGAGUUUGUUGAUGCGGUGGUGAAAGUCAACCCAUCUGUUUGUUAUGUGUCUGAUAAAGAUGGCAUGACAGCUCUCCAUCACGCUGCAGCAAAAGAUGCUCAAUAUUGGGAUUCCAAAAAAAUAAUGAAAAUAAUGCUUAGACAUUGCCCGUGUAGGUACGCGAAUUAG